GCCGUCAGUUGUGUGUCUUCCCCAAACCGCAAGAGGGCAGUAAAUGUGAAGUUAGUUGUUUUGGCUUGGCUUCUUCGCCAACGCAUUGCAGGCUGGACUUUUUCACAGGAUGUAUUGCAAUGUUUUCAAAACAACCAGACCUCAGACCUAUUAAAUAUUGGCCUGUGAAUCGCAUGUCUCCAUACUAUCUGCACGUAAACGUCUCGUCACAUUUCAUAGUCAUUCAUGGAAGAGCGAGGGUAAUUUCUAAAGGAAGGUGAACGAAUACAUUGCCGAAAACUGUCGAGUGGUCGUAGUCCAUAAGCAUGGACUUGGAAUGUAAUUCGCUGCUCUUCAAGUCAAGGUUGCAAGAAGAUGAAGCGAAUUUGCAGCAGUUACUGGAGUACGAAGAACAAGUGUGCCAAUGUCAAACCCUGAGACUGCAGGUAGAAGAUCUCCAGAAGAGACUUGUGGAGAAAGACAACAAACUCACUGAGUCGAACAAGGUGAUCAGAGCACUGAGGGAUGAGGUGCAGACACUGAAGCAACAGCUGGAGCAGCACAUACGGAAGUACAGAGAUGACGAUGCUAUUGGACAGAGAUGUCAGCAAGGUCGGCGUGCAAGAGUUAAUCACAUCACUGCAUCGGGUUGUGAGAUUCCACCAAACGUCUUUCUGUCCUGUACGUCUGGAGAUGAUCCAACAGACACGCCGACAUCACCACAGGAACCAGAGGACGACUCAGCAGAUUUUCCAGCGUCUCCUGCUGCUGAGGAUGAUGAUGCACUGACAUCACCACGGCAACUGAAAAUGCCUGUGCUGUCAGUGAAGCUACAAGACUGCCGUGAAAUGCUGGGGCCUGACGGAGUUUUUAAUAUUCAACCGAUGGAGGUCCUCAGCGAUGAGGAUGAUGAGGACGAUGGCGGCUACAAAGGUUAUCAGGACGACGACGACAGUGACUUUGACCCAACAGAUCCUACCUUUGACGAGCCUGCACCUGCGAGGGAACAGAAGAGGCAGAACCGAGGAGUCGAGAGAGUCAAUGAAGCCAAGCCUGAAAAGUAUCACUACGACAAACGUUACACAUGCACAGAAUGCGGAAAGACAUUUGAAUUCCAAAGCUGGCUUGCUCAGCACCAAAGAUCGCGCACUUGUAAAAAAAAGAGCAUUACUGACACCAAUGCAGCUACAUGUGAAAACGCAUCCACUGAAUCUACACAUGAAAGUGCGUCCACCGACUCACCCAAUGCUGAGAGUCAACCGGAAAAGGGCAGUGACGCUAAAUCUCAAAAGCCCUCUUUUGAGUGUGAUGUCUGUGGCAAGAUUCUUACUGCCAAAACAAGCCUCAAAGUUCACAAAAGACGGCACACAGGUGAAAUGCCAUACGCCUGCAAAGUUUGUGACAAGACUUUUAGGCAGUUAGGUGGACUCAUCAAACACCAGCACCACCACCCACAGUUAAUGGGUGAAAAGACAGGUGAAAAACCCAUCAAAACAGCUGAAAAGCCCGUCAAGACAAGUGCAAAGGUCAUCAAAGAAAAGAAGAAGUGCUCUCUUUGCCCCAAGGAAUUCCCCAGUUCAUCACGCUUACAGAGACAUUUUAGAAUACAUUCAAGAGAGAACAAAAAGGACGUAGUGCACAAGUGCUCACUUUGCCCCAAGGAAUUCCCUAGUUCAGCACGCUUAAAGAGACAUUUUACAAUACAUUCAGGAGAGAAACCCUAUCUUUGUAGCCAGUGCCCCAAGACAUUCGCCAGUAGUUCAUAUCUGAAAAUUCAUGAAGCCCUCCAUACUGAUGAGAAACCUUUCGAGUGUCUGGUGUGUAAGAUGACAUUCAAAACGAAACUUGGCCUUAAAUGUCACGAGUCGAUGCACUCGGGACUGAAGCCAUUUGCCUGCACUUACUGCAACAAGACGUUCAGACUUAACAAAGCGCUAAAGAUACACAUAAGAAGACAUGUGGGAGAGAAGCCUUACAAGUGCUCGCGCUGUGACGCCAGUUUUGUAAAUAGCAGUUCACUCAAAGAGCAUCUACGUCGACAUACAGGAGAGAGGCCUUACUGUUGCUCCAUUUGCGGGAAGAGCUUCAGUUACGCUCACAUUCUGAGGACCCACCAGAUAGUUCACACUGGAGAGAAGCGCCACCAGUGCACCGUCUGUGGAGAGAAAUUCUCCUACUUGCAGCCCUUGUAUGAUCAUGAGAGGAGAGUGCACAAUAUUGUUUCCUACCCGUGUCAAGAGUGUGGGAAGAACUUUAAAUCAGAUCGAGGACUAAAAGGGCACGGGUGUUUUCAAGGUCAGAAUAGCGCUCAAGUAAAUAAUGACAAGGGGGUUGAAGCAGUGAAAUGUAUUGAGGGGAUUGAAGCAGCAAAGUGCAUUGAAGAGGUAGAAGCGGCAACGUACAUUGACCUGAUGUAAUUGCAUCUCCAGUCGAAUAAACCGUGUGAAAAAGGAGAG